AAGUCCAUUUUCGUGAAAAUUUUGUUUUCUCCAUAAGUUUUUUUCUCUGUAAACGAAUAGUUUUAUACUUCUGUAUGUUACCUUGUAGUGGCAUAGCCAAGAUAACUGCUAAAUUUCUAGUCUCUAUCUUAAUUCUGAGACCCCCAUUGCUGUAGAAACAUGAUGCAACUUCGUAGGCCAUUUUCUCUUUUUCGUGUUUCCUCACCUCGCUCAAUUAAAAGUUCUGUUUUUUCGUCAAAUAUGGCCAUAUUUACUCCAUUCUUGUUUUGAAUUGUAGGGAAAGUUUUUCAAAAUAAUAAUGUUUACUCUGUUUUGAAAUUUUAUUUCCUUCAUAUGACUGAUAUUGACCGGUAGGACACAUCUAUAUAUAUAUCAAUUGAACUGUAAACUUGACAGGAAAUGACAUCAUCCCUUUUGUUGUAGAGGUAGUUCCCAAAAGUGAGGGAUUUGGCAAGAUGGGUUUUAUAUAUAUCUGAAAGGCUUCAGCUGCUACAUAUUCUUCACCAUGCAUGCUUUCUUUCUGUCUUCCGAUGGAAGUUUUGAGGCAUAAUCUGAAGAACCAAAAUAGUCAAUCAGUAUCAGUGACAAAUUAUCAUCACAGUCUUAAAUCUGAGUAAGAAUAACGUUAAUAACUCAACUGUCAUCACACUGUGUCCCACUCAUCCUAAUAACAAGCUUUUUUUGUCCCAUCUAGAUAUAUCCCAACCCCAAGCUGAUGAAAUUCAACAUGUGAUUUCUUCAGAUAACGAGAUGCGUGGACGCAAGUACCCGAUGUCAAACAACCAGUCGGCCUCUUACCUCCCCCCGUGUAAAGUGUGUGGAUCCUCGGGUACAGGCUUCCACUAUGGGGUCAAUACUUGUGGGGCCUGCAAGGGUUUCUUCAGGCGAAGUCUGACGCGUGAAGAGCCUUACAUGUGUCUGGGAUCUGGAAAUUGUCCCAUCGGCCCUGACCAUGAACGGAGGAAAUGUUGUCCAAAAUGUCGCCAUGACAAAUGUUUGUCCGUGGGCAUGAGCAAAGAUGCUAUCAAAACAGGACGUUAUUCACGUGAGAAGAAAUCAACGUAUGUACUAGAAGUCAUGGAACUGCGCGAAAAACUUGCGCGCUCUCCGCCAUCAGCUGCUCAGAUGCCAGGCAUCCACUCAGAAUGUGUGUCUGGGGAACUGGGUGAGGAUGACGGUGUUGCACAUUGCAGAAGACCAGAGGGAUUGUUGGGUCCUUCUUGUCAGAGUCAAACUACGUGUCUAACCAGAACGGGAGAGGUAGAACAUGAUGCUUUUGUUAGUCCGCAAGAGGGAGUGUUCGGGGAAUAUGUGGAGACCUCUGAGGGGGCAAGAAAAGGUCGUCCUCAACUGUCUCAAAUGUCUGGCUGUUUGUCAAACAAAGGAGAAACCUUCUGUAAGAAGCUAUCAGACCAGAACAGGCAGAGCCAGAAAGUGUCCUCAGAUGUAAACAUUCAGGAUGUUGGUUGUGGUAAUCAAGACGCCAGAUAUAGUAACAAAAACAACAAGGCUGCAAUGACGGGGAUAAAGUCAGUGCCACAGCCACGAGUGGUAGAAUAUGAUGAUCUUCCCCCGCCUUGUAUGUCUUACACUUUUGUAAGCAAAGACUCGAAGCGCGCUCUGAAAAGAAAGCUGACUGGAAAGAAAAAGGACAGCGACAAUGUUCAGAAGGCAGAGACUUCAGAUUCUUCUCGAAGCACAAAAAUCACGUCAGUGGAGCAGUUGGGGUCGUCUCUCCCUGGAGCACCACCAAUGCCGAACCUUGGAAGUAUACAGCCUGCUGAUACCAUUUCUGAAGUGGAGCAUUCGCCUGCCCUUUUUAAUACAUUAGCAACUCAGCUUUGUGCCUCUCAUCCAGCCCCCGUUUCCUUGGUAACAAGUACUCCCAUGAACACUAGGCCCGGCGCAGAAGCAGGGUCUUUUUUGUCAUCGUCUGAUCAGUGUUAUUCAAAUAUAUCCCCCAGUACCUCAUUCAAAAUUUCUUCUUCUUUUUCUUCUUCUUCUUCUUCUCCUUCUUCUUCUUCUUCUUCUUCUUCUUCUUCUUCUUCUUCUUCUUCUUCUUCUUUUGUCCCUCCUCCACAACUGACCUCUGAUUUUUCUGCUUCUUUCACAAAUCCUCCACCACUUUACAACAAUCACCCGCCGACACCAGCUCAUCUUCUGGACCUGGAUCUGUCUCUGCCCCCUGUCCCUGAGACGGAAGAGAUGCCAAGUUUUGAGGGAAUAAAAAACCAGGCCUGCUGCUUAGGUUCGGACUUCAUUCCAGAUGACUUUGAGUUUCCUCCGCUUUCUACUGGAAUCCAUCUAUCAGAAUUACGGUCAGUUAUGUCCCCUACAUUUUGCGCGUUGGCUGACGAGGUGGAGGAGAAUAUCUGUGACCUUGAUUGUGACUUUCCGGAACCGACUAUUGGGUACGCCAAUUCCAGUGCUCAGGUGGAAAAUAUACAAAAUGUGGACAGUGAAUCCUCAAAUACUGAGCUGCCUUUUCAGAGUCUGGAGUGGAGGCGUGCUGAGGCUAUCCGUCAGAUGGACAACAGUUAUGAUGAGGUGAUUAGCCUUGCAGAAGAUCUGUCCAAAUGCCAGCUUUAUUCCUAUGAGAUGACACUCCUGGGCCCGAUUUUUAACCAGCUUUGCAUCUCCGGCCCACAGAAUGCAACUGUUAGUUGUAGUAGCCCCGACCAGCAAAGUGAUGUGGGAAGGCAAGCAUCCAUGCAACAUGAUUCCCAAUCCCACACAACCAGUCAGAAAGCACCCAUGCAAUUUAAUUCUCAAUGCCACAUCAUCAGUCAGCAAAUACCUACCCAUUCUCAGAACCACCCUAACAGUCAGCAAACACCCCCUUUACCAGAUUCUCAAAAUCAAUCCAACCAAACAUUUGCCCCCUGUGGUAUUUCAUCUCCAACCUCUUUACCGUCUGCAAUGCCCUUGUCCACCACAUACAGCACUGGGCUGUCGCCCCAUCCCAACCAUCCUCGACUUUCUGGGUCACCCUCUUCCUCAUCCCCAUCACCUCCACAACCGAAGCCAGCAAGAUCAGAGCAGGGAUUUUGCGAGGCUGAAUACAACAAACUCUUGCCAUGGUGUGAGUUUUCCGAAGGUCACCUUGAUGAUGUGGCCUCUAUGCUUUUGGAGGCCCACAUAAAGCACAUUGGCAAGGACAUGAACUCUGUGAGCCGGGAGGAGAUAGCAGAAAAGUCAGAGAUCUAUCUGAAACUUUGUCGUCUCAAGGAGCGUGUGUUUGGAAGGCAAUCAUUAUUGCACAAUAAGGACGAGUACUUCGAGAUCCUGGAGAACACAGGUGUGGACAUCGACGGCCGCAAGGAGUGGGUGGAGUUCAAUGUCAAGAUCACCAACGAUGUCCUCUUCAAGGUCGUCCGCUUCGUUAAGUCUGUGCCAGGAUUUCUGGACCUGUGUAAAGACGACAGAUUUGUCCUUUGUCGAUCAUCCUUCAUUGACUGUCUCAUCCUGGGGAGUUUUCGUGGCUUUGACCUCCGGAACAACAUCGUGAUAAAUGAUUUGAACUUAGCCACCAAUUUUGACGAAUGCCUCGGACUCUUUCCAGAGUAUGACGAGAACAUACAUUUCUUCUGGGCCUUAGCCAGGCGGAUUCAAGCUAUGGACCUCACUCUUGAGGAAAUUGUUUUGUUGAAGGCUAUUUGCAUAACAUCGCCAGAUCGAGAUGGACUAAAGGAUCGGCAGAAGGUUGAAGCUCUGUACUGGCGGUUUCUCUGCUGUUUGUUACUGUCUCUUCACCGUCGGCACCCAAAGCCGUACAGCGUCUACUCCCAAGUGAUCACUUUGCUGGCUGACCUCAAGACUUGUGUGAUUGUCCAUCAUCAGCUCCUGGAGAUGUUCAAAGUGGAUCUCCUGUCCUCUGAGGUCGAUGCACCUCUGUACAAGGAAAUGGUUCUGUUUAAAGUUUAACAAUCCGGCUGCUGCUAAUUAGAAACAUUACACAACUUGAAGUUUGUUAAAUGAAUAUUGGCAGCCGGUAUGUUCACGAUAUGUCGUGGAAAAAAAAUUGAUGACCAUUUUCACGACCUGUCGUGGAAAAAAAAGGCUAUGCGUGUUUUCAUCUAGAUCUUGAUAUAGUUUCCGAUUUUUUACCUGUUUUAGUUUUGCCACCAUUCCGAUUAAGGUGUCAAAACUACCGGAUUUGCGAUGGGUGCCGAGAGUGCUUCCAACUUUCCCUGGCGAAACUCGUAGUCUAGGCCUACAUCCUGAAAUUCUGUACUUGCCGCAUCAUCAUCUAUUCCGCAACGUAUGUUUUAAAAAAACUUUGGAGAGAGAGAGAGUGGAGAGAGAAAGAGAGAGAGAGUGUGAGAGAGAGGGAGAGAG